AGUAAUACAAAUAAUUUGAUUUUGCACCGUUAUGUUUAUUCUCUUACUAUUUAAAUGACUAAAAAACGACGCUUGCAGACUCAGCAUCCUCGAAAACUUGAAUAAAGCUGAUGAUAAUAUAGAGCAGGCUGUUUCUGCGGGAUAUGACGGACACUCCGGAGAGAGAGAUCCUGGAGCGGGAGCUCCGGCCACGGCUCUGUUAUUUGACUAAAGGAGACCGCGGCUACGGAUUUCAUCUGCACGGGGAACGCAACCGAGGAGCGCAGCUCGUCCGCAGGAUCGAGCCGGGCUCCCCAGCGGACCUGUCCGGUCUCAGGUCCGGCGACCGGGUGGUGGAGGUGAACGGAGAGAACGUGGAGGGAGAGACGCAUCAGCAGGUUGUGCAGAGGAUCUUGGAGGUGGAGCACCGCACCAGGCUGCUGGUGGUGGACCGGGUCACCGAUGAGUUCCUGAAGUUUCACGGUCUGCCGUGUACAGAGGACAGGGCGAUUGAGAUGGGCUCUCUGUCCUCUCGCUCCUCCACCACUCCUCCAUACAGCAGACAGAGCUCAGAGAGCAUUCUCAUUAAUAAGAGUCCCAGCAUCACUGGAGGAGUGAUGAACAGCUCUCCGCUCUACAGAGCUCAUGUCCAUCUGCCGUCACCCGCUUUACACAAGACCGAAACAGAGGCUGAACCCUUCACCAAACUCACCGCAGAGCCUGAACCCGAGUGUGAGCUCAGCACUGACCUCAGCGGAUCACAGACCAGCACUCAGGUGAGUAGAAAGAAACUCAGACAGAUUUGGUACAACUUGAGGAUGAUCAGUUUUCCUGGUCUGUUGACCUACAUACUUCUUCUGGAGUUCAUUGCUGUUCUUGCGUUCCUGUUCUCUCUCCAGGAGGAGACGGUGUUGGAGGAGGAUGAGGUAACGAUGGACCUGCGUCCGCGCUUGUGUCACAUGACCCUCGGCGAGCAGGGCUACGGUUUUAACCUGCACUGUAAGAAGUCUGGCUCGGGUCAGUUCAUCCGCUCGGUGGACCCCGACUCUCCGGCGGAGCGCGCGGGACUGAGGCCCAGAGACCGGCUCAUCGAGGUGAACGACAGGAGCAUCGAGGGCCUGUGUCACGCCGAGGUGGUGGCAUUGAUCAGAGCGGGCGGCACAGACACACGUCUGCUGGUGGUGGAUCCCGACACAGACGAGCUCUUCAGCCGACUGCGCAUCAAGCCCACAUCUAUUCAUCUUAAAGAGGACUGUGUGGAUGGGCCGAUCAUAGAGAGUCCUGUGUCUUCUUCACCGGUCCCAGACACCCCCAAGAUCUCUCCACCAAUCAGCAACAUCACACGGACUGACCCACCAAUCAGCAACGGCUCGCCAAGACACGAGAGUCACAGAAGCUCCUCCUCUCGAUCCAUGUUUUUAGAGACGAGCGCUGAAAUCAGCAGCUUUGACACCAGCAACAAGCUCACAGAUUCUGACCAUCACUCCAUCGAUGACGGCCCUAAACCAAACCCAGGUGUGAACUCUGAGGAGAAGCGUCUAGAUCCGUUCUGGGAGAGCGGACUGCAUCUGAGUCUGACCGCGGCCGAGGCCAAGCAGAGAGCCCGCGCCAAGCGGCCCAACAAGAGAGCGCCCCCUAUGGACUGGAGGAAGAAACAGCAAAUCUUCAGCAACUUCUGAGCAGCCACACAUCAGAAAGCUCACCUCAGACCUGGAGAGACACCACCAACACACACAGACUCCUCCAAAGACAUGCUUAGGCCAGAUUAGAUCCACCUCCAACAAUGCAAUCAUUUUAUAGGUUCAGCUAAGCUUAAUUUGGCAUUUUGUUGUUAGUAAGUGUUUCACAUUCAGCCAGUUGGUUGUUUUACCCAAUAAUGCACAACUUCACUGCCAUCGCAUUUCUACUCUUCCUGAAAUACAACAGCAGUUCCCACAAAGCAGACAAUUAGAAAGGAAUGGAAAGAGAGUAAGAAAAUGUCAUUGCAACGCAGGAACGGUAAGAAGGAAAGACAUUCUGAAGGAAAGGUGAGAAGAAAGUGAACUAAAGAUGCCAAGUGUAAAUCAAGCUGAGAAGCCAAAGGUUGUAGGUUCAAACCCGUGAAGAAAGAAGUUACGGAUCUUGAACCAUUAGAGAAAAUGCACAGUAAGUUGUGUUGGUUGACAAUGAAUGAUCAGAAGAAAAGGAAGAGAUCCCAGAUGGCCUGUCCAUCUUCAUGCUAGUGUAUUCCUCACAACAUUCACUCUCAGCAGAAAUAACUACACUUAACAAAAAUAUUGAUGACAUCCUCCACUGGACAGAUUUUCAUCCAAUCAGACACUCUCUUGAAUUAGCAUAUUGGCUAAUGUCUGUUUUUUUAAAAGGACAAACUCCUCAAUAUGUCCCAAGCUAAAAGAAUAUUUAUGUAUUUAUUUUCUUGCCAUGUUCUCAUAAAUGCUGGUUUGACAUUUCUAAAUUAUAUUUAAUAUUGAGUAUUUAUAGACCUUAUAGUUCAGGAUGUCAUUAUCAUCUUAUUCUAGAUCAAUGUUAACAAGUCUGUUCGAGCAGUGAACCUCAACUGUUUCUGACCGCAGUCUCAAAAAUCAAAAGUGAAACGAUGUCUUAAAGAAUACACUUACACAUGUACAGAACUCCUAGCUAUUAAUAAUUAAUGACAUAAUUGUGUAUAUUACAUCUAAUAUAUUUACAAAUGAGGCAUGUUGUUUUAGGUCAAUUAAUGUA